UGUCCAGAGUGAGCCAUGGCAGCAGAGAGCCCUGUGGAAAGUCUCCAGGAGGAAGCUACUUGUCCCAUCUGUCUGGAGUAUUUUAAAGACCCAGUGAUUAUAGACUGUGGGCACAAUUUCUGCCGAGCCUGCAUCACCCAGUUCUGGGAGGGAUCUGACAUAGAUGCAUCCUGCCCUCAGUGCAGAGAAAUUGUGCAACAGGGAAACCUCAGGUCGAACAGGCAGCUGGCAAAUGUUGUAGAAAUAGCCAAACAGCUGAGUUUCCAGGCAGGAAAGGGAGCAGGAGCAGAAAGGGUGUGUGGGGAACACCUGGAAGCUCUGAAAUUGUUCUGUGAAGAGGAUCAAACCCUCAUCUGUGUGGUGUGCGACAGGUCCCGGGCUCACAGGGCUCACACUGUGGUUCCCAUAGAGGAGGCUGCCCAGGAGUACAAGGAAAAAAUCCAGGCCCAUUUGAAGACUCUGAGGGAAGAGAGAGAAAAGCUCCUGAGAUUUAAAGUGACUGGAGAGGAGAAGAGCUGGGAGUAUCUGAUACAGACACAAACCAAGAGGCAAAAGAUUGUGUCUGAAUUUCAGCAACUGCAGCAGUUCCUAGAGGAACAAGAGCGACUCCUGUUGGCCCAUCUAGAAAAUCUAGAAAAGGAGAUUGUGAAGAUACAGAAUGACAAUGUUACUAAACUCUCUGAGGAGAUUUCCUGUCUCAGUGACCUGAUCAGUGAGAUGGAGGAGAAGUGUCAGAAGCCAGCAAGUGAAUUCCUGCAGGAUUUCAGAAACAUCUUGAGCAGGUUUGAGAAGGGGAAGUUCCAGCAGCCAGCGGAGAUUUCUUAUAGUCUGGGCUCUGAACUGAAGAUAAAAGGAGGAGAAUCUCUAGUAUCAUACAGACAGGUGAAUGUGAUUCUGGAUCCAGACACAGCUCAUCCCCAACUCAUCGUGUCUCAGGAUAUGAAAACAGUGAGAUGGACAGACACACGGCAGUAUCUGCCUGACAAUCCUGAGAGAUUUGACACUUGGGGCUGUGUGCUGGGCUAUGAGGGAUUCACUUCAGGGAGUUAUUGCUGGGAGGUUGUGAUGGGGAAUGAGGAACGCUGGGCUGUGGGAGUGGCCAGAGAGUCUGUGAGAAGGAAGGGACGGAUCAGCCUUAAUCCUGAGGGGGGAAUCUGGGCUGUGGAGCGGUGCUGGUGGGGUCAGUGCCAGGCUCUCACCUCCCCUAUGACCCCCCUGCCCCUGCCCCGGGUUCCCAGGAGGAUCCUGGUGUGUCUGGACUAUGAACGGGGGCAGGUGACAUUUUUUGAUUAUGGUAACAAGGCCCUGAUCUUCACUUUCCCGCCAGCCUCUUUCACUGGGGAGAGAAUCCACCCCUGGUUCUGGCUGUGGGAUAGAGAGACCCAGCUCAGACUUUGCCCCUGAGACAAGGUAGGGGGAGGAAUAUCCCACGGUGGGGCUUGAAAUCAGCCUCUCUAGCCUCAUACAUCCUUUUCAACAUGACCCUGGAAGUCUCCUGUGUUCCUGUAGACUUUCUACCCUGUGGUUUCUAUUGUCCUGGAGGCUCUGCGGGGUCUCUGACCUGUCAGACCAUAGAAACCAGGGGGUGGAUGAGAUAGAGAAGCCAGUCUUAUUGCCCAAAGGAUUUUGCAGCCUGUUUGUCACUGUCCUCUGUGGCGCAGGAGGUCAGACAGUGCCACUCAGAUGUUGUGGGAAUAGCCCAAUGGGAAUGGAAAAAAUGGACUUCUCUAGCCUAAGUCAUCCUAGUAUCUGUGACUAUGGAGGACUCCCAUCCACCUAGUCCCUGGCUUGUGUCUAUGACCCUGGAGGACCCCUGUGUACCCAACCAUCAAUACCUCAUCUCUGUGACACUCCUGUCCCUUCCUGCAGCACCAGGGAUGGGAAGGGGAAGAGGCAAAGAACCCCUGGAGUGGCACAAGGAGCAGAGGGGCCCUGAGGGGCAGACCUGGGGGCUGCAGGGUCAGAACUGAUGGGGUGGCAAGGGCAGGAGUGACAUAGGGGCUGUGGCUCUAAUUACUAGCUGGGCUGGGAGGCAGGCAGAUGUGGGGUGGCAGGGACACAGAAUUAAUUAAUUGGGAUUUGGGAGGUUUCAGGAGAAGCUGGAGGCUCUGCACCAGCAGAGCAGCUGGUAGAUGGAGACCCAGGGACUGUCAAGUGUGACCUCCAGACCACAAGGGAAGGGACACUAUGGUGGGAAGGAGUUGCUGGCAAGUGAGGGGAGGGGGAUGUCAUGUGAAUAAAGGUGAGCUGGCUGUGGGGAGGGGAGAUGCAGGUACAGGGCUGGUUUGACCAGAAGGGAGAGAAGAAAUCAAAGGAAAUAGAAAACAGGAAAAAUGAAGUAAAACAAGAGUAAAUAGAGAAGCCUGGGGAAAGAGGUACAGUGGUGGGGAACUGAAAAGAGUGAAAACAAAGCAAUCCUGGGAAGGGGAGAGCUCAGGGGGAAGUGGGCGGAGAAGGGAUAAACUCAGAGGAGAGAACUGGGAACCUGAGUUGGAAUGAUCUGUGAUAGGGAAUAAAGGAGAUUUAGGGGGAAGACAGAGAAAUAAAUGGAAGGAAAACAUGUGUUAGAGACAAUGAUGUGCAAAACUGGCUGAAAUGAAAUACAAGGGAGAAGGAAAGAGAAUGUGAGAGCGAGAGGAAUCUCAGUUCCUCCUGACAUACACACUGGAUCCCUGGCAAGGAUUUUGCUAAAAUGGGGAUAAAAGGCCCUGCUGAACUAAAGGGCUAAUUCCAUGUCCAAUAUCUGUGUGUGCAUAACUCUUCAAAGAUCAAUAGUCAUUCACAUGUCAGGAAUGCACACACUGAGUUACACUGCGAUCUCUGACUGCUGGAUUCCAGUGUCCACAAUUCAGGAGCUGUCCUCUCCCUGUGUUGAGAUCUGAAAUGUUUCUAACACGGUCUCAUCUGCAGGAAUUUACUCAGUGGCUUCUGAUACUUCCCCUCUAGCUCAUUGAUCAGCUCCAUAAGACAGGAAGUCUCCUCAGAGAGUUUAGUGAUUUAUUUUCAUUCGGGAUCUUCAAAAUCUGCUUGUCCAGCUUGGCCAGGCAGGAGUCGCUUUUGUACCUCAAGACACAAUCUUCCAUCUUGUAGCCAAUUCGUUCAUUUUAUCAUUCAUUUAUUCUGUGAUGUUACGAUUAACUAACAUGUUAUGUCAUAUAUAAUCAUUGUAUGCUGAAUAGAUUUAAAUUGGAGGAUUAUAGAAGUUUAAGAUUGAUCAGUAGUUAGAAGGAAUAAUUAUGUAUUAGGUAUCUAAGUAAAAAGGGCUAAAAUGCAAAGCCUACAGGCUGAGGCCUGUAAGAUGUCAGCUUACCAUACUAGGCCACAGGCUUAAGAAAUGCGUGACAUACGUAAGUGACCAAAGAAUGACCCGAUGCCACAAGAUUAUAGGGAAAAUAUGUACCAAUGGGUGAUAUUGCAAAAAAUUAAAAGUAAGAGUAAUUGUUUGCUUAAAAGAUACCUGGUAGUCUUUCUAACACAUGCCAUAACCGCAGGGUGAAAUAUGUGCAUAAAUGCUAUUGCGGUAUCGUCAGAAUUACAAAUAAAAAAAGGGUGCCCAGAUUGGGAAAACUGAACUCCCUAUGGGAAAACUUCAGCAGGAACCAUCCCUCUACUGAUGAUCAAUUGGCAAGGUAUCCAUCAGACCUUAAGAAUAUCAUUAAGGAUGUGAGUAUGACAAAAUUUGUAAUUCGUGCAUAGGUCUUUAUAGGACUUCUUGGGUAAUCGUAACCUUAACUGUAACUUUAUUAAAACUUAUAAAACAAACUAAACCUUGUACUUGUGAAUAUAUGUGUGGUCACUACCCUUGGUCUUUAUGUGUUCCUAAAGACCCUAAAUCUGAAGUUAUUAACAGAGGUGACUUUCAUUCUGCUGAGCUUGAAACUGUAGCCACCAGAGCCAAACCCACGGUGGUGUAAUACCACAUUACAAAAUUCACUUUAAAUAAAAUAAAAGGCUACAACCUC